AUGGAGAGGCGGCGCUGGAGAUGCUUGUGGCUGGGCUCGGGUGUGGUAGCGGCGGCGGGAGGCCGCGCAGGCACAGCGGCGACCGGAAGGUCGCGCGGGUGCAGCGCGAGUGCGGAGGCCACGGGUGUGCAGCGGUCGUGCGGCCAUGGUGCAAAGGCCGUGCGUGAGCUGUGGCGGCGUGGUGGCCGUGCGUCGGUGUUGGUGGCGGUCAUCACCAGUGAUUUCUCCAAGCAGCAAGAACUAGGAAGAGGUGGGUUUGGAGUUGUUUAUAAGGGCCUUCUUAAAAAUGGGAAGGCGAUAGCUGUGAAGAAGCUUUCUGAAAUGAACCUAGAUGACGAUCAGUUCCAUAAUGAAGUUACUUAUCUUUUCGGGUUGAAGCACAAAAAUAUUGUCCAGCUAAAAGGUUAUUGUGCUGAAUCACGGUGGGAAGUGGUCAAAUUACCCAGGAAAUAUGUCUUGGCUGAAUCUCGGAAAAGGCUGCUGUGCUUUGAGUGUUUAAAUAAUAAGAGCCUUGAUAAGCACCUUUCUGAUAGAUAUUCGCUGCAGCAGUGCCAGGACCACAAGUGGGUCGUUGGACGCUGGGGGAAGAGGUUAUUGGAGGAGGCAGGAAGGUACGUACCCUUGGAAAAAUACGUUGAGCAAGUAGAGGCGUGCAUCUUGAUAGGACUGUUGUGUGUCGAUGCUGACCCAAAUAAAAGGCCCACGACAUUGGACAUUAUUGAAAAGCUUACCAAAGUAGAUGUUACCAACACUGACAGAGGGACACCCAAAAGUACGGACGCAAGAGGAUUUACAGGCCGACCCCACCUCGCAACUAGAUCAUUUCUUGACAGGUUCUUGGCGCUGAAGAAUAUGUGUGGAAAAAACAACGCAAGACGAAGAAGCGAGGACAUUUUGCUGAAGGAACGGCUGGAGCAGAUCCGGUCGGUACUGGAGGAUGGCGCCAGGGCCAGGCUCAGUGAUGAGGAGGACCACAUGCCGUCGGUGUCGGUGCAUCAUGAAGACUGGGAGGCCUUGCAACGACAGCGCGAGGUCCAGGUUCUGACUAUGCAGUCUGAGAUCAGUGACCGAUCUAGGAAUUCAGAGCUGGGUGUUCCCAAAUCGAAGUUGUCUAAGCUACGCCCCACCGCGCCGGUGUGCAUGUCAGCAGUAUGGUUGGCGGCCGGCAUAGUAUUCCUGUGUGGAUUGACUUUAGGAGAGAUGAUAGGAUCAAGGCGGACGAGGGUGAGAGGAUCAAGGCGGACGAGGGUGACGAACGCACGUGAUGCCAAUGUGCCCACAUGUGAUUGA